ACCUUGUCACACAACAGGAUAGCCUCGUUUCCCUAGUCACAGGUCUCCACUCCACACUGAGGUCUCGUCUUGCGGCAUUGUAGUCCUAGAUCUUAGUCCUACGAUCCGAAGGAGCUAGCGUUUUUCCUCCCAUCUCACGCCAUGAGUCGACCAAUGGACGAGGAUGAGGCCGAGAAGAAGGAAGAGGAGGAAUUCAGCACAGGACCGUUAUCAGUGCUUACUAUGAGCGUGAAGCAAAACACACAGGUUCUGAUAAACUGCAGAAACAAUAGAAAAUUGCUCGGAAGAGUAAAGGCCUUCGACCGUCACUGCAACAUGGUCCUGGAGAACGUAAAAGAGAUGUGGACAGAGGUUCCAAAGACUGGGAAGGGGAAGAAGAAGGCUAAACCAGUGAAUAAAGAUCGGUUUAUAAGCAAAUUGUUCCUGAGGGGUGACUCUGUCAUCAUUGUCCUCCGGGACCCUAAAUAGGGAGUAGGUACCUAUUUUCUCGUCUGGCAGCGAUUUUGUUUCCUCGUUUUUCAUCUCACCUCAAAAGUCUUUGGGGAUGACGGCUAGAGCCCUUGCCUGGAACAGCAGCUGUGUGGUGCCUGCCAUAACUUCAGCAGAUUGGCUUGAAGACUUCCGGGCCGGUCCUUCCCGCCGUGUUGAACAUGUACCUACGUUCACAUCACGCUGCACCUACGUGUCGGGAUGUGAAUCCAUCCACCCAUCAAUCGUGCAAGGGGUGCUGUCCAGCAAAAGUCUGAUGGAACACCACUUCACUGAUCACUAUUGUGGAGUUUUCUGCGGUACUAACAAGUGACGUCAUCACUCUGCAGUUAGAAACUGCCUGAGGACGUCUGAUCUGAUCUUGACAAUAUCGAAUCUCAACAUGAGAAGCUAGUCAUCUGUACAACGCAAAAGAUGAUUU